UUAAAACUUUUAUCGAAUACAACCACUGAUUUUUUCCCUAAUUUGUGUUGCUCAACUGCAGGUGUAGCGGCCUUGAGAUACUACAUACACUGAGAUUAGCAGUGUACAUUUGUUUUCCACAGUGUGCCAUCACAGCAGCAUGAUUUGUGACCUGUUGCCACAAGAAAAGGUCAACCAGUGAAGAACGAACACCAUUGUAAAUACAACCCAUAUUUAUACUUGUAACGAUAUACAAAAGGGAAAAUAAACAACACUGUAUAUAUACAUAAUAUGACAUUUGUAAUGUCUUUAUUCUUUUGGAACUACUGUGAAUGUAAUGUUUACUGUUCAUUUUUAUUGUUCAUUUCAUUUUUGUAUAUUAUCUACUUCACUUGUUUUGGCAAUGUUAAUUAACAUGUUUCCCAUGCCAAUAAAGCCCAUUGAAUUUAAUUUAAUUGAUUAGCAUGGAUGCCACGUUCAAGACAACUGGGAACUCUGAAAAAACAGUCAUCCAACUGAACAGUCAACUCGGGCAUCUUUCUUAAAUUCGGACAUUCCGACCCGAAAACCAACUGACGUCAUGAUUUGACCUCUUUUUCCCCCGUGUUACCAGUUGUCUUGAAAGCACCAUAUGUUUCGACUGCUGUUGUUGCUAGCAACGAUUAUGCAUAUACUGACAAGAUACCUCUCUCUACCCUAACAAUGGGAGCCACAAAGCAACUCGGUGGGUUCUCUAGCUCCUGUCCCUUCUUGGAUUGGAAAGAGGCAUACAGGAACCCCAUUGAAGUAAUGAGGUGAAGAAGCACAAAGCAGGCUAAAGCAGCUGGCUACUAGCUACCUUCCAUACUCUGCUAAGUCUGAGACUGGGUCCUCCGGGUGUCCCCAUCCAAUGCUCCUAAAGCGCCAUGAGCCACAGCUGGGGACGAUUUACUACUCCAUAGACUGCCAUAUCUCCUGCAGCCUUUCCCUCUCUGUCCUCGGGCCCCCCCUGGCCCCUUCCCCCCUUCCCCAUUGGCCCAGAUGAAGAAGGUGGGGCAGUGGUCGGCGGAGGAGGUGUCCCAUUGGCUGAGCGAGGAGGGGAUGCAGGAGUACGGCGACUCCCUCCAGCAGGCGGACGGCCCCGUCCUGCUGCGGCUCACCCCGGAUGACUUCCUGACCCCGCCCCUCUCACUGGUCUCAUCAGACAAUGGGCGGCAGCUCUUGGAACGGCUGGAGACCCUACGGAUCGAGCAUCACAUUGAGGAGCACCAAAAAAACGGCCACGCCAAUGGCCAUGGGAGGCUGCCCAACGGCACUGCCAAGCCCCUGCGGAAAAGUUCGCUGGGGCUUAAUGGCUUCCGGAAGGAGAUGGUCCAAAUCCCCAUCCCCAUGUUGGAGCCUGAACGCUCUGGGUUCCCCCAGGAGUGGGGCAAGACAGGCGUAGCGUUCCUCUACGCAGUCUGCUGCUUUGUCACUACCACUGUGGUCAUCUCGGUGGUCCAUGAGAGGGUGCCGGCCAAGGAGCAUACCCCACCGUUGCCCGAUAAGUUCUUUGACAUUUUUGACCGGGUGGAGUGGGCCUUCUCUAUCUGCGAGAUCAAUGGCAUGCUGCUGGUGAGUCUGUGGCUGCUGCAGUGGACCCUGCUCAAGUACAGAUCAAUAAUCAUCCGUCGGUUCUUCUUCAUUGUGGGUACCCUCUACCUGUACAGAUGUGUCACCAUGUACAUAACCACUCUGCCUGUUCCAGGGAUGCACUUCCAAUGCUCUCCAAAGCUAUUUGGGAACUGGGAGGUUCAGAUGAGGAGGAUCAUAAAGCUGAUUGCCGGAGGAGGCCUGUCAAUCACCGGCUCCCACACCAUGUGUGGAGACUACCUGUACAGCGGCCACACAGUCAUUCUAACACUAUCAUAUCUCUUUAUCAAAGAGUAUUCCCCUAAGAGGUUUUGGUGGUACCACUGGUUCUGCUGGACUCUGAGUGCAGUAGGCAUCUUCUGCAUCCUGCUGGCCCAUGACCACUAUACUGUGGACGUGGUGGUGGCUUAUUUCAUCACAACACGUCUCUUCUGGUGGUACCACACCAUGGCCAACCAGCAGGCGCUGAAAGAGACGUCCCAGAGUAACCCAUUCUCCAGAGUCUGGUGGUUUCGACUGUUCCAGUACUUUGAGGGAAACGUCAAGGGCAUUGUCCCUCGAAAUUAUCAGCUGCCGUGUUCAUGGCGAUCGUCUCCGUGGAACCAUGGGGUAAAGUACAGCAAAGUGGACACCCAGUGACCCAGAUCACGUGAGGGGUGGGAGCUGAGCGAGAGACCUCCUGAAGUUGUGAUCGUCUGAAGGAGAUGGUGUCGUGUUGCCAAGCCAGUGCUGUUCCCUUGACUUGUUGGGCUCAUUUUAGAAAAAUCCCAGUUCUGGCUAGCACUGUGAACAUAGUCUUACUUUAACACUACAAAUUAUUUUAUUUUGGGAAAGGUUUUUGAAUACUUAGCACACUACUUUGAUCAUGUAUUUUUUGCUUGGGACACUUUGCAAUGUUUCGUUGACUACAGCAGAUCUGGUUAAUAUUUAAAUAUUAAAUUUCGAUUAUUUUUGUUUUUUUGUUUUGACCAUGGCUGUAACAAGUAGUUUAGACUCUUUUCCUCUGCAAAUAAUUUGAGAAAUUCUGGUCCGAUAAGGUCUACCAAGUGCAAAACAUGUCACUGAAAUGUUUAUUUGAUAACCAAAAUGCCAUACGUUGUCUGGGGGAGUGUUAGAUGCAAAACAUUUUUUUCUUUUUUAACAAAUUACUUUUUUGUCAACUACAACGUGGCAAUGGUGCAAAAAAAGUUUUUUUCUAACAAUUGCAACUUUAUUUUUCAAAACAAAUAAUGUCCCCAAAAAUAUUUUUAGAUUUGUACCUUUUUCAAGAUUGAAUGCUGAAAGCAGAAGAAUCUGUGGUAUUUAGAAUUGUUCCAGUGCCUUCCUUAGCUUGAUUGUACUAUGUGUCUGUGUUCCUCUGCCUCGCGCGUGUCUGUCUGACUGCCCGCAAGGUCGGCAUGAAGCGGUUCCAAAUGAUCGUUCAAGUCCUGUUCGCAUGAAUGUAAGAUUAUUGAUGCCAGCCUUAUAUGGUAAUUAGUCUUCCCAAAACCAAAAACAUUGAGAUGAGUGAAAUGUCCUGUCAAUUUAUUUAUGUUUUCAUAUAUAAUGUUUUUUUCCAUAGCCGGUGAUGUUAUAGCAGUUAAUGAAGGACCGUUAAGUUGUUUGGUUAUGUCCUAAUCAUUUACUGACCCUUAGCCAGUCUUGACCAUGUUCUAAUCUUGUUCCAAUCCUAUUCUAACCAUGUCCUUGCAAGAUGGUCCUGGAGGGUUUUCAGUCCUCUAACAUGUCAUUAAGACUUUAAAGCUCAUUGACUUGCAUCAAAGAUUAGUUGCUAACUUUGAAAGAAUGAUGGAAACCCUCUGGACCUCAAGGACUGUACUGGAGUUGUGCAGCACACCUACAAGUCUUUGUAAGAGAUACUGAAUCCCUAUUUUGUCAAACAGUGUUCUCGAAACAGACCCAGAAAAUACAUCUUACUGGCUGUUGUCGACUUGGCCAAUAGAGCAGUGUGUUCCUGAAUGCAGCCUGCCAGAAUGUCUUACUGAUAAAUAGGGCCGGAAGGACACCAGUAUCACUAUUUUUUCCGUUGCAAAAAUGAAAACCCGAAGCAGGCUAACUCUUUGGUCCUUUUAAAAACCUACUGUAUGUUAAAUAUUGUUUGCUAUAGAUCCCGAGUGGCGCAGCGGUCUAAGGCACUGCAUCUCAGUGCUAGAGGUGUCACUACAUACACCCUGGUUCGAAUCCAGGCUGUAUCACAACAGGCCAUGAUUGAGAGUCCCAUAGGGCGGCGCACAAUUGGCCCAGCGUCGUCUGUGUUUGGCUGUUGGAGGCCGUCAUUGUAAAUAAGAAUUUGUUCAUAACUGACUUGCCUAGUUAAAUAAAGGUACAUUUAAAUAAAUAAAUAGCUUGGAAAAUAUAUACAUUUGACUGUAGAUGGCAUCAUAAUGAUGUUUGAUUCUGACAUUAGGACUGUUUUCCUGAAGAAUUUAAUCCUGCUUCGUGCUUUGUUUCCCUGCCACGAUACUGACGAGUAUAUACUGGUAUCGUCCUGGCCCUACUGAUAAAGACGAGCUUCUUGCGAUUAUUUAUCUGUCCUAUUGACAUACAUGUUGAUCUUAAUGCAGUUCAGUGGUGAUAUGCCAUCUUUGAACUUUGUCAAAUGUAUAGGGCUUUUCAAUGUUGACUUGUUUAAAAACAGAAGUUUGAGGCAAAGUGUAUUGGUACUGUCCUGAACUACAUUGGCUGGCAAGUUUGCAAUGCCAAAAAUAGUUUAGUCACAACUACCUACUAAAGAAGCUGACAAAUUGUACAAAGCCAAUGGGGUUAUCAAGUGGGCGAGGGGGCCAAAUGCACAGUACUGGGGAUCUAAUGUACGGACAAAUCCACACAACAGACAACGUACUGAUUACCAUGAAUGUGAAAAUGGUCUCUAAUGAUCCUCGAUACACUUGUGCAUUAAAAUGAUUGUGUGUUACCAUUCCAACAGCACAACAUGUUUUCUCCUGAAGUAGAGCUGGUUCGAGUAAGAAAUGACCUCAGUUCAGCUGUCUGACUGGAGAGACUGAACUGAUUAUAACAUGGAACUUUCUGUUAUGAAAAUGCAGCAUGGCCCAGUUUAAUAGAACUGAAUGGUGAGACAGGACAGGUUAAUAUAAUGGACCUCAAUUGUAUUUAUUCUUUAAAAAGAGCUCUAGCCUCUAAUCAUUGUUGUACAUUUUUACAUCAUGUUUUUUUUGUGUGUCCUAAAGAGUAUCAGUACUAAAUCGAUAAUGAUGACAUAAUUUGAAUGCUGAAUUGAUGUGCUAUUUCUUCUAUUGAUGAAUGUUUUGACAAAUUGUAAUUUGGCCUCUUAGCUUGAGGAGGCAGCGGUGGUUGUCCUCUAAAGAAAAGGUUGGGAUACCUUCGUUCAAGGCGUAUAAGGUCGUAUGUUUAUGGCUAUAUUAAAAGUGCAUAAACUGUAAUGAGUUUAGCAUGUACCCAUGUGAGACUAAAUGCUGUUCUCAUUGACAGCUGCGGCUAUGUCAAAAAUGUAUGAAUGUGAAUGGCAGAUCAGAUGUCUCUAUAUAGGCUUAUUGAUGUAAACCUCUCUAAAGCCAUCUACAGCUGUAACAUGAAAGGAGUUUGGGGAUAUUCCCCUUGAGCCCAUUCAAUCCAGACAUUUCUCUCUUAAAAAGGAAGCCAGUAGUGGUGGAAUGUUUGAACCAUUUCUGAAAUCCUUCGACGUUUGAUGCACGCACAUUAAGGCCAUAUUUUGACUUGAAGUGCACACGCCUAACUUAAACCAGGCAGUGAAAGUCGGAAUAUGUGCCUUGAUAAAUAUAUAUAUAUAUACAGUACCAGUAAAACGUUAGUGAGGGAAUUAUAAGUCUCCAGCUUCAGCGAUUUUUGCAAUUUGUUCCAGUCAUUGGCAGCAGAGAACUGGAAGGAAAGGCGGCCAAAGUAGGUGUUGGCUUUGGGGAUGACCAGUGCAAUAUGCCUGCUGGAGCGCGUGCUACGGGUGGGUGUUAUUUGUGACCAGUGAGCUGAGAUAAGGCAGAACUUUACUUAGCAUAGACCUAUAGAUGACCUGGAGCCAGUGGGUCUGGCGACGAAUAUGUAGCGAGGGCCAGCAGACUAGAGCAUAAAGGUUGCAGUGGUGGGUGGUAUAAGGGGCUUUGGUGACAAAACUGAUGGCACUGUGAUAGACUGCAUCCAGUUUGCUGAGUAGAGUGUUGGAGGCUAUUUUGUAAAUGACAUCGUCGAGGAUCAGUAGGAUACUCAGUUUUAUGAGGGUAUUUUUGGCAGCAUGAGUAAAGGAGGCUUUGUUGCAAAAUAGGAAGCUGAUUAUAGAUGUUAUUUUGGAUUGGAGAUGUUUAAUAUUAGUCUGGAAGGAGAGUUUACAGUCUAGCCAGACACCUAGGUAUUUGUAGUUGUCCACAUAUUCUAAGUCAGAACCAUCCAGAGUAGUGAUGCUAGUCGUGCGGGCAGUGAACGGUUGAAAAGCAUGCAUUUAGUUUUACUAGCGUUUAAGAGCAGUUAGAGGCCACGGAAUGAGAGUUGUAUGGCAUUGAAGCUCGUUUGGAGGUUUGUUAACACAGUGUCCAAAGAAAGGCCAGAUGUAUACAGAAUGGUGUUGUCUGCGUAGAGGUGGUUCAGGGAAUCACCCGAAGCAAGAGCAACAUCGUUGAUAUAUACAGAGAAAAGAGUCGGCCCGAGAAUUGAACCCUGUGGCCCUCUGAUUUGACACACUGAACUCUGUCUGAGAAGUAGUUGGUGAACCAGGCAAGUCAGUCUGCCGAUAAGAAUGCGGUAAUUGACAGAGUCGAAUGCCUUGGCCAUGUCGAUGAAGACGGCUUCACAGUACUGUCUUUUAUCGAUGGCGAUUAUGAUAUCGUUUAGUACCUUGAGCAUGGCUGAGGUGCACCCGUGACCAGCUCGGAAACCGGAAACCAGGCCUUCGUGGUUGACUUGCUGCAAAGAAACCAUUACUAAAGGGCACCAAUAAGAAGAACAGACUUGCUUGGGCCAAGAAACAUGAGCAAUGGACAUUAGAUCGGUGGAAAUAUGUCCUUUGGUCUGAUGAGUCAAAUUUGAGAUUUUUGGUUCCAAAAAUACAGAUCUGUGGUUCCCACCGUGAAGCAUGGAGGAGGAGGUGUGAUAGUGUGGGGGUGCUUUGCUGGUGACACUGUCUGUGAUUUAGAAUUCAAGACACACUUAACCAGCAUGGCUACCACAGCAUUCUGCAGCGAUAUGCCAUCCCAUCUGGUUUGUUCUUAGGCUGUGUUAGGGCUAACACCUCCAGGCUGUGUUAGGGCUAUUUGACCAAGAAGGAGUAUGGUGGAGUGCUGCAUUCGAUGACCUGGCCUCCACAAUCACCCGACCUCAACCCAAUUGAGAUGGUUUGGGAUGAGUUGGACCGCAGAGUGAAGGAAAAGCAGUCAACAAGUGCUCAGCAUAUGUGGGAACUCCUUCAAGACUGUUGGAAAAUCGUUUUCAAGUGAAGCUGGUUGAGAGAAUGCCAAGAGUGUGCAGAGCUGUCAAGGCACAGGGUAGCUACUUUGAAGAAUCUCAAAUAUAAAAUAUAUCUUGAUUUGUUUAACACUUUUAUGGUUACUACAUUCCAUAUGUGUUAUUUCAGAGUUUUAUUCUACAAUGUAGAAAAUAGCCAAAAUUAACAAAACCCUUUCAAUGACUACUGUAGGUGUGUCCAAACUUUUGACUGGUACUGUAUAUAACACAUUUUUUGUCUCCUGGCCAUAGUUUGGGAGAGCAGUUAGUCCAUGGUUGCAAACUAAGCUGGAAAAACAUUUUUAUUUUAGAAUAAUGACAGCUAACUUAAUUAUGUAUGUUUAAUUUGUGUGAAUCAACAAUACAAUUUUUCAUGUGUUUCUUUUGUGUAUACCAGAUAAGCUAUGAUAAAUGGAUAGGACAGAUAAUUAUAUCUGGGAGGCUUUCAAAUAAAACAAUUUAUCAUUCA